AUGGAGUUUGAGCCAUUGAGCUUGGGCAAUGAGGUUGUUGAGUUUGACAUGAUAGGUCUUGUUGACAUUGACCACCACCCUGUUGAUGACAUUGACAUUUUUGAUGAUUCUCUUGCUGUUGUUGGUUCCAAUUCGAUUGGCCUGCCUUAUAUUAUUGAAGGAGAGAGCAAUCUCGAGCCGUAUGAGGGGAUGGAGUUUGAGUCAGAAGAGGCUGCCAAGGCCUUUUACAACUCCUAUGCUAGACGCAUUGGCUUCAGCACUCGGGUCAGCAUGUCUCGCCGCUCCAGACGGGAUGGUGCCAUCAUCCAGAGGUCUUUUGUCUGCGCCAAGGAGGGUUUUCGUAUGGACAAGAAUGAUAAGCGUGGGAAUGAAUGUGAUGGUAGGGUGAAGCGUCCUCGUGCUGAGACUAGAGUUGGUUGUAAGGCAAUGUUGGUGGUUAAGAUUCAAGGCUCUGGGGGAUGGGUUGUGUCAUGUUUUGUUAAGGAACAUAACCAUGAGCUGGUUCCACCGGAUAAGGUGCAUUGUCUCCGCUCUCAUCGUCACGUCUCUGGUACUGCAAAGUCUUUCAUUGAUACCUUGCAGGGUGCUGGGAUUGGGCCUAGUGGAAUUAUGUCUGCCCUCAUUAAAGAAUAUGGUGAUAUUAGCAAAGUCGGCUUCACAGAACGUGACUGCAGAAAUUACAUGAGGAGUAGCCGGCAAAGGACCCUGGGAGGCGACACUCAGGUUCUCUUAAUUUACUUGAAGGAUAGGCAAGUCAAGGAUCCAGCAUUUUUUUAUGCUGUGCAGGGUGAUCAAGAGCAGUGCAUGAGCAAUAUCUUCUGGGCUGAUCCUAAGGCAAGGAGUGAUUACACUUACUUUGGUGACACUGUUACCUUUGACACAACUUACAGGUCAAACCGGUAUAGAUUGCCGUUUGCACCUUUCACCGGGGUUAACCAUCAUGGACAGCCUGUGUUGUUUGGAUGUGCCCUCUUGAUAAAUGAAUCUGAGGCGUCAUUUUUAUGGCUUUUCAAAACAUGGCUUAUGGCAAUGUCUGGCCUGCCUCCAGUCUCAAUCACUACUGAUCAUGAUAGGGUGAUUCGAUUGGCUAUUACCCAGGUGUUUCCUGAGACUCGACACCGCUUCUGUAAGUGGCAUAUCUUUAAAGAGUGCCUAGAGAAACUGUCCCAUGUACUUUCUGAGCAUUUCACCUUUGAAGCAGAGCUUCACAAAUGUGUCAACCUGACUGAAUCUAUUGAAGAGUUUGAGUCUUGUUGGUUUUCUUUAAUUGAAAAAUAUGAUCUCAGAGAAGAUGAAUGGCUUCAGGGGAUAUAUGCUGAUCGUAGGCAGUGGGUACCUAUAUACUUGAGGGACACCUUCUUUGCAGAAAUGUCUAUAACACAACGUAGUGAUACCAUGAACUCUUAUUUUGAUGGAUAUAUCAAUGCAUCAACAACUCUUCAGCUGUUUGUUAGGCAGUACGAGAAAGCUCUUGAAAGUCGGUAUGAGAAAGAAAUGAAGGCAGAUUAUGAUACUAUAAAAACUGCCCCAAUUCUCAAGACCCCUUCACCAAUGGAGAAACAGGCAGGUGAGCGGUACACAAGGAAGUUGUUUAUGAAAUUUCAAGAAGAGCUGGUUGAGACAUUAACUUUCUUGGCAACCAAAGUUGAGGAUGAGGAAGCAGGAUACAUAUAUCAAGUUGCUAAGUUUGGAGAAAGUCACAAAGCUUAUUUUGUCAGAUUUGAUGUUCAUGAGAUGAAAGCAUUUUGUAGUUGCCAAAUGUUUGAGUUCUCUGGCCUUCUUUGUGGACACAUCUUGACAGUUUUUCGGGUGACAAAUGUUCUUACUCUGCCAUCGCAUUAUGUUCUGAAGCGCUGGACAAGGAAUGCCAAGAGCGAUGUCAUUUUGGAGGAACAUGUGAGCAAUUUGUUGAAUAGGUCCCAAGAAUUGCUCACAGUACGAUACAAUAAUCUUCGUCAUGAGGCACUCAAGUAUGUUGAUGAAGGUGUUCAAACUGUUGAAAUUUAUAACGUGGCUAUUGCUGCUCUUCACGAGGCUGCAAAUAAAGUUGCUCAUGAAAACAAGAAUGGGGGAAGGUUGGUUAGUCUCAACAAAAUCGGCAGAGAUAACGAUUUGCACUGGGGAUGCCAAGCAAAUGGUGAUCAUAAAUGGGGAUUGGAAACCCUGUCUCCGGAUGACCAGGACAAGAAAAUCAAGAAACUAUCGCGUCAACUGGAGCGUGCACAACGAAAAUGUGAAGUGUAUCGAACACAUUUGUUUUUGGUUUUGAAAGACAUUGAGGAGCAGAAGUUACAACUUUCUGUGAAAGUACAGGACAUUAGAAUAGAAAUGAAAGAGAAUUACUGA